UUCUCAAAUCAACACAAUCAUUGAAUAUACAAGUGUUGUUACGAUUCUAAAUUGGAAGUUUUCAAAGCAUAUUCAUCCUGAUAGUGAGAAUACUGACAUUGUGAAAGAUACAAAAUGCCGAUAUUUUAUAGCAGUUUGUCACGAGGACCUGUCAUCCUCGUGGAUAAGAAAUUGGGUCCAGAAGAUUAUCAAUCCGCUGCGAGAGAUAUAUUGAAUAAUUUGUCAACAGAUAUGAAUAAGAAAACAUCAUUUCCACAAGAUGAUAUUCUUUAUCAUACAAUGACGGACAAUGGAUUGGUCUAUCUGUGUUGCGCAGACAAGGAAAUGGGUCGCCGCAUUCCCUAUCUCUGUUUGGAUGAGGUAAAGCAGCAAUUUCUCAGUUCUGCCUCACUUGUACAACGAUCAUCAAAUGCUGGACAGUUUGAAUUCAACAGAGAAUUCAGACAAGUGUUGGCAGAUAUAUUGGACAAAUACAAUUCUGGAAAAGGAGAUCAAUUGUCUGCUCUUCAAAAUCAGGUUGGAGAAGUAACUGGAAUAAUGAGACAGAACGUUGAGACUGUUUUGGAACGUGGUGAAAAACUUGAUGACCUUGUCGACAAAACUGAAGAUCUUCAGAACAGCGCGACAACCUUCAAAGUUACCUCAACUAAAAUAUCUCGAAAAAUGAUGUGGAAAAACAGAAAGAUGAUGAUCAUUGCUGUUGUUGUUACCUUGGUUGUAAUACUUAUUAUUGUUCUGAUUAUACUUUCUACUACUGGAGUGAUAUAGCCUAUUAUGUGAUAUUCUUCAUUUUUUCAAUCAAAUUUGAAAAACAAAUUUUAUUUUUAUGGUAUUUGAUUGACUGCAUAUGUUUGUGAAUUAUUCAACUUUAUAUUAAUUACCACAAAAAUCAGAAGUUACAAUUUUAUAUUUACCGUAUAUAUAUAUUGUCUAAUUCAGGAUUCCUUUUUCUAGCUUCUGAGAUAUCAGUCGCAAUACUCUUUUUUUUUUUUUUCAAUUUUGUCACUUCAUUUUGCAGUAAUUUGUGAUCAGAUCAUCUUUAUUUUUCAACGGAUUUAUAUAAAACUAGUUAGGGGCGCCUAAGAAUAAACUGGAACAAGAUUAAACUUAGCUACAUACAGUGAUGUAGUUAGUGGUCUUACUCUGCCAAAAAAGUUUUACGAAUCAGCAUUUAUCAUUCACUAAAAUUUUUCCUCGAUUGUCAUGAACCAUAUGCAUACAAAUUUUCUUUUCUUUAUGGAGCAAUGAAUUUCAUUUAAAGUGCUAUACACUAACUUGUCACUCGCUUUUAAAACAGAACAGAAUUCUAUAUUGGCAUACUUCUUGAAAAUAAUAACUGGAUAACUAAUCCCAUACCUGACAUGAACUGGUAACAGCACGAGAGAUUUAGCCAUAAGAUUAAGCUGCCUUUCCUCUCCCCCAGGAUAAAUAUGUAAAUCCUAUAUAUUGUUGCCUAAUUUUCUACAACAAAACACUGACUGCCACAGUACAACACUGGUUUCAAUUUCAACUAAUUUAAUUAGAAGUCUGGUUGGAUUGAUUACGGACCAUACAUAAUAAUCAUUGUCCAAUUUUAGGAGUAUUGUUGGCAAAGUUGAAUGUUUAAGUAGUUCCAAUUUGCAAAGUUGAAUGUUUAAGUAGUUCCUAUUUGCUCAAGUUACAGAAAUUGUUUAUAGAAUGCAGGUUGUAGUAUACAAUGCUGUAAAUUCUACCGGCAAAAUGUGUAAAUCAAAUUUGCUGUCAUAUAAAAUAACAAAGUACAUUGGGCGCUCCGAAGGUAUUCGUACCAAGUUGACGCACAACCUUAUUCUGGUACACAUACUAUGCUCAGGUUGUGCGCCAUCUUGGUACGAAUUGUACUUGAGUGACACUGUGCUCACCUGAUAACGUCUGUAAUUUUUUUUCUGUAUAUUCGGUGCUUUUAUUUCUGAAUUCAUCCAGCAUUUUUUUUCAAGAUGUUUUAUAGCUCCAUUCGAAACAAAGUUUGAGACCGACAGCCAUCAUUUCUUGCUGUUUUAAUUUAUAUUUACUCCAAUAUUAUGUUUGCCUUAAUUUUUGCCCAAAUUUGGUUCAACAUUAUCAUUGUUAUCCUGAUAUAAUAUCUUGACUGUGAGGUUGACUCUCAAAAUUCCUGGGAUUCGAGAUGGUACCUUGAUAUAUUACUAUUUAUCUUGAUUAAAAAUGCCUGAUAUUUUUAUAAUUAUAUCUGUACUCUUGUGGAGUUUUGAAUUGUUACCAUUUCCACUUUUUAGAAUAAUCCUUUCUGCGAAUUGUUUGUUUUUAAUUUAUGCACACAGUUGUGAUUAUAAUUCGAUCAUCUUUGAAUGUCAGAAAUUUUCAUUUCUUCAUCCAUGUUUGAAGAUAUUCUGAUUCUGUUGGGUUUAUCCGAUACACUACACUUACCGGUAAAUACUUCAUAAAUUGGUCACGAAUUGAUGUAAUUCUAACUGGCAACUGAGCAGUUGGUUUAUGAUAACACAGAUGGAUAUGUUUUUCCAAUGUUAAAAAAGCGAAGUUUCAAUACAAUUACUUCUAAUAUAACCAGUAGUAGCUGAUAUCAUUAUUUUCAUUUUCCUGAAAAGACGGAGUGACAAAAGGCACUAUGAAGUCAAUUUCCAGAUUGAGUCUUUCUUGAUAUUGUACUAUUUUCUUUCAAAUCAGUUGUCCAGUGAUAUGUGCAAUAAUUGUUUGUGCUUAUUUACAAUAUACAGUAUAUCAUGUAUGCAAUAUUAA